UGGAUCCCAUCUCUCCUGGUCGAAUAUAUCCAGCGCUCUCACAUUGAACUCAGAGGAGCUUGAUGUUACUAGUUGGAGAUGGAGAGCAUCAGCAGUGCGUGGCCCACAGAAGUGAAUGAGAGUGACACUGGCCGGGUGUUUGAGGUGUCUCUGGAGAAUGGCUCAUCUAAACGCAGUCCUCAGUUUGAAGGCGUGGAGCUGCUGCAGUCAUUCAAGCCACUCAUCAUCCCCUGCUACACUGUGGUGGCUCUUGUGGGCGUCUUUGGAAAUUAUCUGCUGCUCUAUGUGAUCUGCCGCACUCGCAAGAUGCACAAUGUCACCAACUUCUUUAUUGGAAACCUGGCCUUCUCUGACAUGCUCAUGUGUGCAACAUGUGUGCCUUUCACCUUGGCUUACGCGUUCAAUCCCCACGGCUGGGUGUUUGGCCGAUUCAUGUGCUACCUGGUCUAUCUCAUCCAGCCUGUGACUGUAUACGUGUCAGUCUUCACCCUCACUGCUAUUGGUGUGGACCGAUAUUAUGCCACAGUACAUCCUCUGAAGAAACGUCUCUCAGUUCUGUCCUGCACCUACCUCCUGACUGGGAUCUGGCUCCUCUCCUGCAGCUUGGUGGCCCCGGCUGUUGCACACACUUACCAUGUGGAGUUUAAGAAUGAGGGCUUCACCAUCUGUGAAGAGUUCUGGAUGGGCCAAGAGCACCAGCGUUUGGCCUAUGCAUACAGCACCCUAUUUGUGACCUACGUGCUGCCUCUGUCUGCACUCUGCAUCUCUUACCUGUGCAUCUCCGUCAAACUGAGGAACUGUGUAGUGCCAGGACAUUUGACUGAGACCCAGGCAGAGACCCAGCGGAUGCGUAAACGCAAGACCUUUCGGCUGGUCAGCCUGGUGGUGGCAGCGUUCGGCAUCUGUUGGAUGCCCAUUAGUGUGUUCAAUGUGCUAAGGGACAUAGACAUUGGUUUGAUUGAUAAGCGCUACUUCCUGCUCAUUCAGCUGCUCUGUCACCUGUGUGCCAUGAGCUCCUCCUGCUGUAACCCUUUUCUGUAUGCCUGGCUGCACGACCGCUUCCGCGCCGAGCUGAGGAAAAUGUUCACGUGCCGACGACGAAUCGGCAUCUCUGCCAAUAACUGUGCCACAGCCAGUGUAGUUUAAAGUGCGAUGUCCAUGAAUAUGUCAUGAAUACAAAGGAUUUUUGUCUGGUACAGAUAUU